AGCUGCCGUGCGUAGACUUGACUCUCUUUCUCUUUCUCGUGUGUGAUUCGUCAAGUGUAGAUGUUUAAUAAAUUUAUCAAAUUGAUUUUAAAUAAAUAUUUUUAUCAAUUUAAAAUUAAAUUUUGUGUUUAUAUUUAUUAUAUAAAAUUAUUUUAAACAUCUAUUUUUAUUCGAAUUAUGGUGAAAGUUAAUUAAAAUGGGAUAAAUAUUAACACGUUUGAAUCUGAAGGUAAGAAAUCAACGAAGCUUGCUUACCGUCCCCACUCAUUUUCUUAGCUCUUUCCUAAAAAUGUCCAUUCGUCCGUUUUUCUUCUACUUUGAAUUCAACUUUCUCUAUCAGUUCGCUCUUCAGUUAAUUUCCCUUCAGUACAGUCAAGAUUCAAGAAGCUCGUGAAAGAAGGUGACUUUUUCAGCUUAAUUUUGUGGGUUUUGUCACUUAUUGGAUUAUGUUGUUGCUAUAGUAACUAAUUGAUUAGAAACGAUGAAGUGUCUUCCUGUCUUUGAUGAAGCUAAGAAAGGAGAGUUGAAGGAAAUGAAGUUGGCAUCUAACCUGUCGUCAAAUUCUGGUCUUGGUGAUGAAGAAGUAAAUAGAUCAUGCUCUGAUCUCAAUUCACAAGGUGUUUCUGAUACAAGCAUGGAAUCUAUUAGGAAAAACUCAUUUCUUAGCAUGUCCCAGAGAUCCACCUCCAACUUGAGAGUUUUCACAUUUCAAGAGUUAAAAACUGCCACCAAAGGCUUCAGUCGAUCCGUUAGGAUUGGAGAGGGAGGAUUUGGAUGUGUAUAUAAGGGAAUAAUAAAGAGUUUGGAAGACCAAUCUGUGAAGGUGGAUGUUGCGGUAAAACAGCUUGGGAAAAGGGGUCUUCAGGGCCAUAAAGAAUGGGUUACAGAAGUCAGUGUUUUAGGGGUAGUGGAGCAUCAGAACCUCGUCAGAUUAUUGGGAUAUUGUGCAGAUGAUGAUGAGAGAGGUAUACAACGGCUUCUGGUUUAUGAAUACAUGCCCAAUGGAAGUGUAGAUGAUCAUUUAUCUUCUAAGUCAUGCACAAUUCUUCCUUGGGCUAUGAGACUAAGAAUUGCUAGGGAUGCGGCUCGUGGUCUAAAAUACCUUCAUGAAGACAUGGAUUUUCAGAUUAUCUUUAGGGACUUUAAAUCCUCAAACAUACUGUUGGAUGAUCAGUGGAAUGCAAAAUUGUCGGAUUUUGGGCUUGCAAGAUUGGGUCCUCCCGAAGGAUCGACCCAUGUCUCAACUGCGAUUGUAGGAACAUUGGGAUAUGCUGCUCCAGAAUACAUCCGAACAGGACGUCUCACGAGCAAGAACGACGUAUGGAGUUAUGGAGUUUUCCUCUACGAACUUAUCACCGGGCGGCGUCCUAUAGACAAAAACCGCCCAAGGAGUGAGCAAAGACUUUUAGAUUGGGUGAGACCAUACCUUACCGACUUGAAGAAAUUCGAGCUGAUUGUGGAUCCAAGGCUUGGUAAAAACUAUUCUCUCAAAUCCAUACACAAGCUAUCAGUAGUUGCUAACCGAUGCCUAGUUCGACAACCAAAGUCACGCCCGAAGAUGAGCGAUGUCUUAGAUAUGGUAAAUAGUAUUGUUGGGGCAUCAGCCGAGUUAGCCGUUCCGCUGCCACUUUUGGAUUCGGACACCAAAGAAGCUUCUAUAAACGACAAUAAGAAAAAAAUUAUAGACUCAAAAUGUAUCGAGGAUGAUUGCUUUGCCCGUUUGUGGAGACACACCAUUCGAAAGAUAUGUUGAUGGCAACAGCGCUUAUCUAAUACUCGGGUUAGUUUACACGUCCGGUUACUCGUCUGAUGUAUAGACGGGAAAGGUGCAAUGCCGAAUGUAUCCCUUGGAUCCCAAGUAAAAGUUACCAUUUUGAGGAUGAGAUCAAUUGUCUAUUAGUAUGUGAUAGUAAUUAUUUGUUGUAAUGUAUGAUUUGGCUGAGGAAUUCAAGAUUUAUUAUUGAGUGUAAAAUUGUAUAUUGACCGUAAUCAGAAGACUUAUCAAAUUUUGCCCUGACUCGAAAACUUAAACUAAUUCUACUCAAAAACUUCAAAUUAUUCCAAAGUAUUUUGGAAUGUGAGGGGCAUUUACACUGUUCCUAUAAGAAAAUAUAUCAGCUUACAAUACUUAAAAAAAAAUCAGAUGGUCUUGGCCGAGAUGGUCCUAUAAUGAGAUCGUGAAUUUGGGCCAGUUUAAUUUGUGCGUGUAACAAUUUGA